AUGGAGGAACCUGGUACACCGGAAUCCAUAAGCGCUCAUGCUGAGGCGCAUAACGUAAAAUUUGAUAUAUUCGCCAAAAUAGAUGUUAAUGGAGAAACAGCUUGUGAUGUAUGGAAAUUUAUGAAGGGUGUGCCCAUGGAGCGAUAUGGGCCAGAAGUGCAACCCAUAGAGCUUGAAAAGGUUCUGUGUUCCUACUGGUGA